AUGGCUCUUAGUCUAACUGUUGACGAUGUUUCUUCCAUUUCAAAGGAAAAGGAUGUGUGGGGAGUUAUUGUGAAGGUGGUGCGGAAGUGGAUGACUCCAAGUUUCGAUCGUUCAAAACUUCCUAAUUCGAUGGAGUUGGUUUUAAUGGAUGCAAAGGGUGAUAGGAUCCAUGGCACAGUGCAAAGGACUCAUGUUUAUAAGUUUAAUCAUUUGUUAGUUGAUGGUCGAGUAUACAUGUUGUCACAUUUCAGUGUUGGCGAUAGCGCUCUGGAUUUUCGUACAACGACACAUGCUCACAGGAUAAUCUUUGGUUUUGAUUCGGUUGUUCAAACCCUAACCGACGAUCCCAUCACUAAGAGUCCUUAUUCAUUUGUUUCGGUUUCUGAUCUCAUGUUCAAUCAUCCAGAUCAGACACUGUUAGUCGAUGUGAUAGGGAUCCUUACCGGCCAUAGCGGCGAGCAGGAAUUUGAAAAAAAUCAUCAAGUGAGAAAGAGGAUUACCAUAGAGAUUGAACAAGAAGGAGUGAAAGUUGAGUGUGCAUUUUUUGGAAGCUACGUCCAAGAGCUACUCUCUGCUUUAUCUUCACGCGAUCUGAGCGGCGUUGUGGUUUUAAUCCAGUUUGCAAAAAUCGAGCCUUUUAAAGGUCAACAAAGCCUGCAAAAUGCAUAUGUUACAACACGGAUCCUCUUUAAUCCUGAGAUUCCUGAAGCUACUGCUGUGAGGGACAAGUUUUUCGAGAUGAAUGAACCUAGAUCUCAGAUGCUUACUCAGCUGUCCGACUCUUCAAAACCUUCACUCGGUGAAGAGUUCCGUUUGCAAGUCAAAGUAAAGCAGGGUAAUGACAUUGCUACAUUGGUCAUAUUUGACAAAGAAGCGAGUGUUCUUCUUGAAACUACUUGUGCUGACUUGGUUGAUUCGUCAACAAAGAAUCCUGCUGGCUCUGGCUCAACAACUCCUGUUGAAUUACUUAAGUUGUUGGAAAAGAACUUUCUCUUUAGGAUUGAAGUUAACAACACUUCAAGCUACAGGUGUGAGUCAUCAUAUCGUGUCAACAAAACUUGUGGAGAUCCCGGCUCCAGGUUUGAGCCAUCAUAUCGUGUCAAGAAAAUAUGUGCAGAUCCCGACUUAAUUGCUCAUUUCAAGGAAACUCUCCCUCCUCCUAAUGACGACACUCCUCCAUUACUAUUGCUAGAAACACCUACAUCUGAUGAGAGUGUUGAAAACGCAAGUCCCAGUUUGGCCAAGGAUCUUAAUGAAGAGUUUGUUGCUGCUGCGAGUGGCGAUGUUGUUGAUCCUAACAUAGAAAAAGAAGAAGUUCCCCAAUGCAAGUAG